GAAGUCACGGUGACUCGCACAUCACCGUCUCUGCACGCGUAACCUAAAAAUUUGACGGGUACCGAGGACGGUAUACGUCUUGUCUUUUCGUAUACGCGUUUGUCUAGAAAUCGAGUAAAAUGCCGGAAAGUACGAAGACGGAGGCUAAGCCGACAAAAGUCAGCAAAAAUGAAAAAGAGGAAGAGAAGAAUGAUUUAUCAGAGGAAGACAAAUUGCUCCAAGAAGAGCUUGGAAAUUUAGUGGAGCGUCUACAAGAUCCUAAUACAGCAUUGCACUUUGCUGCAUUGGAAUCCCUUCGAUCGCAAAUAAGAGCUUCGACGACAUCCAUGACCAGUGUGCCGAAACCUCUUAAAUUUAUGAGACCCCACUAUGACUCCAUGAAAGCUGUGUACAAUAAGAUUACAGACAAGAAGUCAAAAGAAUUAUGUUCCGAUAUAAUUUCUGUCCUUGCCAUGACUAUGGGUGAAGGCAGAGAAUGUUUAAAAUAUAGACUGACUGGCUCGGCUUUGGUAAUUGGUGAAUGGGGGCACGAGUACGUGAGACAUUUAUCCGGAGAGCUUGCAGCAGAAUGGCACCAACUAGUGAGAGUUGAAGCAGAAGACCCGAAUUCAGAGGCGAGCAAGAAAUUAAUAGCCCUUGUUCAUGAAAUUGUUCCUUAUAACAUGGCUCAUAAUGCAGAAACAGAGGCGUGUGAUUUAGUAAUGGAGAUCGAGAUAUUCGAUUUACUGGAACAGUAUGUUGACGAGAGUGCUUGUCAACGAGUAUGCCUUUAUCUUACCAGCUGCGUCCCUUAUGCAGCUGAUUUAGAAGACACUACUCUCCUCCAUGUAGCAUGUAAAUUAUAUCGAAAAUAUGGUCAAUUUCCACAAGCAAUAAGGCUUGCAAUGCAGCUGAAUGAUUUGUCCCUUAUUGAAGAAAUCUUCACUACCUGUACAGACCCAUCUGUUCAAAAGCAAUUGGCGUUUAUGCUUGGUCGCCAACAGAUCUUCCUAGAGCUCCAUGAAUCAACAAUUGAUUAUGACGACCUCGUUGAGAUAAUGUCAAACUCACAUUUGAAUAAUCGCUUUCUUGAUUUGGCUCGUGAGUUGGACAUCAUGGAACCAAAGACACCCGAAGAUGUGUAUAAGUCACAUUUAGAAAACUCAAGGCCAGCUUUUGGUGGUGGACAGGUUGAUUCGGCCAGGCAAAAUCUUGCAGCUAGCUUUGUAAAUGGAUUUGUAAAUGCUGCAUUUGGACAUGAUAAGCUCUUAAUUGAAGAUGGCAACAAAUGGUUGUACAAAAAUAAAGAGCACGGUAUGCUCAGUGCAACAGCCUCUUUAGGUCUCGUUCUUUUAUGGGAUGUCGACGGGGGCUUGACACCAAUUGACAAAUAUCUAUAUUCUUCUGAAGAUUACAUAAAAUCAGGAGCACUGUUGGCAUGCGGUAUCGUCAACUGCGGCGUCAGAAAUGAGUGCGAUCCAGCAUUAGCUCUUCUCUCCGAUUAUGUUCUGCACAAUAGCAAUACCAUGCGCAUUGGUGCGAUAGUGGGUCUCGGUUUGGCUUAUGCUGGUUCCAAUCGUGAAGCUGUGCUUACUUUAUUGACGCCUGUACUCAGUGAUCCAAAGUCCAGUUGGGAAGUAAUCGGUGUAGCUGGUCUAGCCCUAGGAAUGGUUGCUGUUGGUUCCUGUAAUAAGUACGUUACUACUGCAAUCAUACAGACAUUACUGGAAAAGUCAGAGACUGACCUAAAAGACACUUAUGCAAGAUUCUUGCCUCUCGCCCUUGGUCUGUGUUUCCUUGGCAAGCAAGAAUCUUGCGGAGCAAUAAUGGAUGCUUUGGAAGCCAUUCCACAACCAUUUAAAUCGAUGUCCAAAACUUUAAUAAAAGUCUGUGCUUUCGCUGGAACUGGUAACGUACUGAAGAUCCAAAAGUUACUGCACAUUUGCUCGGAACACUACGAACCUAGCAACGAGAAGGAAGAGAAAGGUGAUCGUAAAGACAAAGAUAAAAAGGAGGAAAAAAAAGAGGAGAAAGAGAAAGACCUAAGUUCUAGACAAGCAAUUGCUGUUUUGGGAAUUGCUCUUAUAGCUAUGGGAGAAGAAAUUGGAACCGAGAUGGCAUAUCGUACUUUUGGUCAUUUACUCAGAUAUUGCGAACCAGUUAUUCGACGUACCGUACCUCUAGCCUUGGGGCUUAUUUCGGUCUCCAAUCCGAAAUUAAAUAUCUUGGAUACUUUGUCCAAGUUUUCGCACGAUAGCGAUCCUGAAGUGGCGCAUAAUGCAAUAUUCGCAAUGGGUCUCGUCGGUGCUGGAACCAACAAUGCAAGACUGGCGGCAAUGUUAAGGCAACUUGCCCAAUUUCAUGCUAAAGAUCCAAAUAAUUUGUUCAUGGUGCGCAUUGCGCAAGGACUGACACAUCUUGGCAAGGGAACCCUCACUUUGUCACCUUAUCACAGCGAUAGACAACUUCUAAGUCCCGUGGCUUUGGCAGGAUUGUUGGCUACUCUAAUUGGCUUUCUCGAUGUCAAAAAUAUAAUCCUUGGUAGGUCGCAUUACCUUUUGUACACACUUGCAACCGCGAUGCAACCCAGAAUGCUCGUCACUUUAGACGAAGAACUGACACCCUUGGCAGUUCCCGUUCGAGUCGGAUUGGCUGUCGACGUAGUUGGCCAAGCCGGCAAGCCAAAGACAAUUACAGGUUUCCAAACCCAUACCACCCCAGUUUUGCUGGCCUAUGGAGAAAGAGCGGAGCUAGCGACCGAGGAAUAUAUACCUUUGACGCCGGUCAUGGAGGGCUUCGUUGUCCUGAGAAAAAAUCUAGACUUCGUCCCUUAGUUUAAGCACGCUUUUCAGAGACGACGCAUCUGCUACUCUUUCACUGCUAUCUCGUCUUCCACGGCUUUCUUUGGCUAACGUGUUUCCUCCGUUCUCACAAAUCUCAUCUGUUUCUCUUGUAAAGAGGUAAAAUUUUAUUUUCAAAUCCGUUAUAAAUUCAAUUAAUGUAUGAAUGAACCAAUGAAAAUAUUCUACUUGCGGCAACCGUGAAUUUAGAGCAAAAUCUAUCACAAGCACUAGAGAAAUAUUCGGAAAGGAGAAUUUAUCAUUACAAAAUCCUCGUCCCUUUUUGUAAAGUUGUUUAAUAAUAAAAAUACAGAUAAAUGUAUAAAAUCGUGUACAUCGAGUACAGUGAGUUAGCAGUAAUUACGACAUUAUGCCUUAUUACUUACGAUGAUCAUGCAUUCGCGCAGAUUUUAAAUUGCAGUAAGGUAUUGGCAAGACAAGGAACUGCCGAGACCGUAGGAAUUAUUAUAAAACGGUGUAAAACGUAUCGUAGCUACGCUAAUACUUAAUUCAUUUGCCAUAUGACUAACGAGUUAAUUACGAAUUCCUAAAUGUUACGAGUUUCAGGAAUAUUGGAGAAAUUUACGUUCGAUCGUUCGACAGUAAUUUUACGCCUCAUUUUUGUCAUGAAUAUUAAGAAAUACAUGAGUUAAAUAACGCUUCAACUUACGGUAAUAACUACAUUGUUUAUUUACCACGAAGGAUUUAUUUCUUCUGGAAUUUUUAUGCUAAUGCUAAUAAUUUCCGAUUAAUCUAAAAAAUACUGCCAAUAAGUUUGAGAGAACCGACAAGCCCUCUCUAGCACCUUUCUAUGUUGAUAGUAACUCUUAGUUUAACGAAUUCUUCUGAAUUGCUGCAUUAAAUUAUUACUUAGUAUAUUUCACAGGUGUACAUUCUAAUUGAGACUCGGUAAAAAAUUAUGCAGUACUUGUACAGAAAAAUAUGUAAAUUCAUCUGCUCUGUUGUAUAAAUUCCUUUAGGCAUU